AAUUUCUGGAGGGCUUUUCUUAAUUAUUUCUACACAUCAUUCUGAAAUGUUUGAGGACACUCAUUAUUGAGCAGAGGCGAAUAAUAUAUCUUUUAGGCUUAAAAGAUUCUGAGGGCUAAUAAUCAAGUCUCCUUGACGUUGGUGAGUGCGGGGGCUCUAAGGGAUAACUGCUGUUUACCAUCCGUUAUUCCUUUUCAAGGUAAGCGACAUUCUCUGUUAUCAUUAAUAUGAGAAAAAAUGUUGUUCUCUAUGACAAUACAAAGAUAAUGGAAUGUACUUUCUCCGUGUAUUGAUGCAUUAAAUAUAAAAUUCAAAGCGUUUACGCCUAAACAUACGGUGCAAAAUAUUGUAUUGAGGAAUUUAAACGAGCCAACUCUCAUCUUUUACCAAAGCACCCUAAAUUUUUCAUCUCAGGAAAAUGACAAAUAUUGAUAAAACAAUCAUUUCAAAGGCUUCUCAGUCCUCUUUGAGGGCGCAACUCUAAACUGAUAAAGGAAUGAGACGACAUCCAACUGGGAAAGAAAAAGUCUGUUAUGUUUAUGAAUAAGAUUCCAACCUUAUUAUAUUUACUUUCUCGAAUUGAACUGAAUAAAAAAAAAUGAAACUAAAACACCGCGUGCUCGAGUCUGGGACAUUUCAAUUAGCUUGAAUUGUGUGGUAAUAAAGUAUGCAAAGAACCAAUACUGCAGGAUUCGUUACCGUGGCAUCUGAGAAAAAAAUGAACUAGUUUAUUGAACAAGCGGCACUGAAAGACGAAAAGAGAAUUUCAAUUGAUAGUCUCUUGGAAGUAUUAUAUACUAUAGGGCGUAGUUUUACUGUUUGGAUCUAUUUUCCACUUUUGAAUACUGAACUGUUUUGUUAAUAAGUAAAGAAAACGCACAGACGCACAUUCUUAGACUUAUUUCUUUCCCGAAAAAUGAAGAUUAUUAACAGCAAUUAUGGAUUGUUUUUGGUGAAUUUUCAAGCAACAAAUUUUAAUCAAAAUUUGCAUAUACUAUGAUUGUUAUGUCUUGAAUUUUUUUGAAAGACACCUCUUUUUUUUCCUUUAAAGGUAGACUGUCGUUAGGCAGGAAUAUAACAUCUUUUGGGGAAUGAUCCUCGAUAUUUUCAAAUUCAAUAAAAGCGAAGAGGUAUGUAUUGGCUGUUCCGAAAUUUGAGAUUCCUUUUCCUCGCUUCUACCAUGGAGUUUGUCACAGCUAAUGAUCAAUGCAGGACAGAAGUAAACAUACAAGGAAUGGCUCUCAAACGCUCUGUCUUUAGAAGAUGGUCAGUGGCGGCUCCUCACCUUUGUGAUGUCAAAUGUGGACAAGAGAUCGCGUGCCAAAGUUAUAACUACAAUCGAAAAUACCAAAUAUGUGAACUAAAUAACCGCACCAAGGAGGCGAGACCAGAGAAUCUCCUUUCAGCCCCCUCGUGGUUUUACAUCAGGCGAUUGAACGGCAGAGGUAAGAAGUCAGAAGUCUAUGUGUCUCGCUGAUUUUUGUUUCUCUAGAUUUUCUUCAUACUUUGCCAAUCUUUUUCUCUCUCACCUAUAAUUGAGAAAUAAGAGUAGGAAUAAAACAUAACUCCUAUUUUUACUGCAGCUCCUUUAGGUUCUAUCCCCGAAUUACCAGCGAUAUCCUGUCUCGAAAUAAAGGCGAGUGAAGGUAAAAAAACCAUUAGCGGGAAGUACUGGCUGGAUCCAACAGGCACAGGGAAGGCGAUAUUGAUUAACUGUGAUAUGGCUAGCGGGGGUAGGUCUUUUUCUUUUACGAGUUAACUUAAUUUUACCGCAAAAUUAUAGUAAUGUUAUUUUUAUUGUUAUCACUAUGAUUUGUUUGUUUAAUAUCAGUUUUAGCGUGGAUACCCUUUUUACUUCGUUUUACUUUAAUCAUUGCUUUCAUUCUAAAUUCUAGAUAUGGAUGAAUGUAAAUAUAACAUCAGUGACUGCCAUGUGAAUGCAAACUGCACUAAUACGUACAGUUCUUACAAAUGCACAUGUAAAGCUGGAUACACUGGCGAUGGACACUCAUGUUCAGGUACAGUUAAUUUUCCUCACCCAAGAUGACCAUGAAUGUGUUUCUCCAUUAACUGUUUUAGCUCACCUCUAUGCGAGGUUUCCUCAUGAUACUGAGUUCAGCUACAGAUUAAAGCAGAAUUUAUAGUUUUGACGUAGUUAAUAAAUGCAGGAAUAAGCACAAGCACUUGCAUCGGAGGCAAAGGAAACAUGUUUAACACUGUGUUAAUACGAAAUACGAAAUAAACCAAAGAAAGUUAUCGUUAACAUCAUUGCCAAAAAAUUGCCAUCAUCAUCCACCAUCAUCCUCGUCACCAUCACUUUGACCAUCAUCAUUACGAACACUUUUGUUUACAUAUAUCGAUGAACGCAGCGAGAAAAUCCAUGUUCGUGAUGUGAAUGCAAAGUGCACUAAUACUAAUGGCUCUCAUAACUGCACUCGUUACUCCUCUCCGACAAAGAAAAUAGGCCCGCAUUUGCACGCCACGUUAGAUUAGCUCUAGCAUCAGACAGAAUCAUUUGGCACAGCCAUGCUUAUUCCCGUGGAUAGCGUCACCAUCUCCAGUUUCUAUUUUGUAAAUCAGAAACCUUUAUUUAAUUUUUUAUAAUAUAUUUCGGGCAGUUACACUACUAAGAAGCUAAGAGUCUUUGAGUGCAUUUUAACGGCAAAAUAGCUUCUCACGAAGUUUCGACCAGACUUCGGUCAUUUUCAAUUGAAUAAUAAGAAUGUCAUUAUGUCACCCAGGAUAUACUGGAAAUGGACGAAACUGCACAGGUGAAUUUAAUUUCCUCGCUACAUGUAUUCUGUGCUUAGAGCAGUCCCGCAUGACACGUUGGACUACAGCACCGCACCAUUCAGCCGCGUUACAGGACAAUUAGAUCAUUUAUCACCCAUAGCUCGUUUUAAUUUAAGGUUACUUCCCACCCUCAGAGGCCGAAAAACUCGAUUUUUCUUUUAUUUAGAAAAACAUAUUUUCUAAUAGAAGUUAAUGAAUAAGGAAGUUAUCAUAAUCUCGGACCUGAGAGAAUCCUCUGGGGGAACUUUCGCGGCAACUGCUCAUGUCGAGGCCCGAUUUCCUGUUCUUGCCAUAUUUUACUUACAUCGAACACUUUACAAAAUUCACUCGUGAAAGCUGCAAUCUGUCAAAAAAGAGAGAGUACCAAUCUGUCAAGAAAAGAAAGAGAACUUCCCUUGUGAAAGCGACUGGUACUGGCGGAGCUCCAUGCUGGCGUCCAGAUUUUGAACAAAGAAGUCGUUGUCAAACCAAAAUUUACCAUACAUAAUGUUAAAAACGAAGUCUCCUUUUCUUUCUGCAAGUACCAGCCUUGAUACAAAAACAUUAACACUUGCCUCGAAUCGCAAUUUUGAAAGCUGUAUGUCGAUUCGUUGUUUUGCUCCUCAGCACACUUUGGGAACUUUGCUCAUCAUUGUGUCGUCCCCCACUUAGUGAUCGAGAUAAAAAAAAUUAAAAAAUAAAAAAAAAACCUGUCUGCAAUGGGUUUCUUUUCCCGGGAAAUCUUGAUCCAUAGUCAGUGACACUAGGAUGAGGCGAGAUAAUCUCCUGGCGUGGGGCAAGUUGUUUGCGAACCCUUAUGAGCUAAAUUCUCGCAUUUGAGUUUGGGAGGAAUACAACCACGUGCAAUUCGAGCGAAUUUAUAAGGUAUGUAGAUUUGACCGAUUUUUGUCAAAUUUCGCCAAAACAUCCUAGGAAUAUUGACAAACGAAAGUGUGUCGGGAAAUUUGAUAUUUGAAAUAUUUGUCCCCCUUUACGCAACACGACUCGUAUAUUUUUAGCUACUCCAACUCGAGAUGCCGAUAUUCAGACAAUCAAUCAGAAUAUCGAAGAAACCUGACAUACUUAUGUUGAUUGAUGCCUUCUGAAUGAGACUGUGCAGCCAAUUAGCUCGUGCUGCGGCAUCCCAUACCCGAUAAAUUCAAAAGAAGAACCUUCAGUCGUUUCACGCCUUACCGGCUGCUGACACUUCCUUAAAAGGAAAGUCGCUUAAAUUCUGUUUUCAUCGUAAAUUAAAUUUUUUAUGCUUUCUCCUGAUAUAUAGUUUGCUAGGUUUUUAGUGAAACUAGCCCGCGAACGAAUUUUUUCCUGAAGGACACCCGGGCCCGCGAAGGUGGGAAGUAACCUUAAUGCUAAGAACCUCUUAGGUAAUGUUCCUGACUUUUAAAUGAACAAUUUUGGUGACUGAUGCAUUUUUAUUCUGUUUUAAAUUUCACUUUAUAACAAUGAUUAAAAGAAGCAUGAAUAUAAAAUCGCUCGUUUGGCUCCGAACCCUGUGCAGAGGAUGGAUGUGUCAAUGAUUUUCCAUGGCACUACGUUUUCGUUGACGCUCAAGAUAUAUUUGAGUGAAGAAGUUGAAAAUUAUUAUCAUCAAGUCUAUAUAAUCAAGAUACUACGAGUGCUCUGAUUGGUCAAAAGCAAUCGUUGAUUGCACUUGUAAAUCCAUGGAAAAUUGAAGUUUAUGUUAUUACAUAAUUGUUGGGAAACAAUUCUAAAAGAAAAAGUGUUAUCUUUGAUAUUUCAAUCUUUUUGCAAUUGUCAUUUCACUUUGAAGCCGAUCCUUGCUAUCAUUAUCACAUACUGAGUGACGCCAAUAGAAAGAGCAGUUACACUACAUCGCACCCUGACCCUGCGUUUUGUGACAGCUCAUUUCUCGAGGGGUGGUAUCGUUUUGUGGGAGCUGCAGGAACAAAAAUGCCAACAACGCGUGUGCCAGCGUACAGAUGUGGUACAGACUGGUCAGGCUGGUUGAAUGGUACUCAUCCUACAGUGGAAGAUGGUAAAGUUCGAAGGACGGUCUGCUUUAGUGAUCGAUCUACUGGUUGCACAUACACAACAUAUAUUUCUGUAAAAAACUGUGGAUCCUAUUUCAUCUACAAACUUUUCCAACUUAAUUGUAACUCACGCUACUGUGGUACAGACUAAAAAUGAAGCAAAUAUACUUCGCGUAGUAAGAGGAUUCAUAUAUCGAACCGUAGAUACAUGUGUAUAAGGUUUUUAACAUGUAGCGUAGUUAACCUGUCAUCUCUACAGUAAACAUCCUAAGCAGACUUUAUCUUUGGUGGCAAACGGGUAUUUAUUUCAUUAGAAUGAUAAUUCUCAUCAGAUAGCCUUUGUCAUCGAAGAGAGUUUCCCGAAGGAUCUUCAAAGUUAUCUUCAUAUAAAAUCUGCAAGACACAAACUCGUAAGCGUACGGUUUUCGAGCCUUUUAUUUAUAUAUUAAUUUGUUUUUUCGUUUUUUUCUUUCUUUUUCUUUUCUUUUUUUUCAUCCUGUUUUUGCUGUAAUUAUUAACUAGGGUUAUUUUAGCGUGAGUCAAUGGAAUAUAAGCAGGCACUAUCUUACGUUACAGGCGUGGGAAUAAAAACCCACCCCUCAACCUCAGCCCAAAGAUAUGAGCUGGGUCACUAUGUGGCUCAGCUUCUUGAGUGGUGUAAAUAGAAGGGCAUCGUGUAUGUUAUCUCAUUAUUUAACAAAUACUGUGUAUCUCUUUGAAGAUACAUUUAUUUUACACGGAUUAUUUUCAGCUGACUUUCAUAACACAAACACGAGAGUAAAUGUUAAGGGCAGUGUAGUCCAUGGGCCAGAAUAGGUUCUCGUUAACACUCAUCUGAGUUAAGAUUAUGUGAAAGACUUGAAGCAAAUUCGCUUGAUAGCAACCGCGAAAGAGUAGCUUUCACCAUUUUUUUGGUGAACUUGAUAUCAAUAACUAGAGGAAAAAAACAACAACAACAAGGAAAUUUCGGGCAAAUUCAUGAGACCAGAAGCCAGUGAAGUAAAAACAGAUAAAAACAGGUUUUAACUUUAAAUCACAACGAUUCAGUAACAAAUAGAGGAGGUUAUUUCAAAAGAUCGUAACGUAAGGAACAGAGAAACCAGAAUAAGGGAAAUUUUUUACGAUUAACUAAAUUAACUUAAUCUUUUUUAAUUAACUUAAAAUUGAACAUCUUUCUUGAAGUG